AUAAUUUACGUCAUACGUCCUACAUAGCACGAGUAUUAACUGAACUGUAGGAGUACACCAGUACAUGAAAAAAAAAAAAUAGGUACUUUAUUAGAAGAAGAUCAAAUCACAGUAUUGUCAUUCUUUCCCCGAUAUAUGUUGGUAUUUUCUUGUUGACAACAAACUGUAUAUCAAUUUUUUAUGAUGGAAAACCAAAGAGCAACUUCAAGCUCGACAUUUCAAUCACAACAGUUUGCACAAGAGCCAAUCGAAACACUAUUGUUCAAUAAUAUUAUUAAAGAGAAAAGUCUAAUCUUAAGUGAUUUGAUGAAUCAGUUUUUACAAUUCUAUCCUUUCAGUAGAUUUGAAUACGAAUUCAAUUUAUUUACAAGGCGUAUUAAACACAUAAUAAGGGAUGGACAGUGUAACGGCACAAACUUCGUACGUCAGACAAUGCAUAUACUUUCAAGUAAUACUGCUUCAACAGAAGAUUUUGGGUCACAGGAAAACAAUCUGCAAUACAUUGAACAACCAAAUUUCUUUCAACGACCAAUGACUAAUGAUCAAUUGAACAAUAUUCCUUACACAACAAGCAAUUUAUAUGAUACAGUUAUUGAAGAAAGCAUAGUCAAUAAUGGUUCUGUUCAAAAAUAUACUCAACAAUCAAAAUUCUUGCCACCAACUAUGUCAAUACCAUACUAUGAGUCGUUACAAAUUGAUAAUGCACCACUUACUACGAACAAUAAUGCUAAUGCUGACAUUGCCAUGAACACUGAUUCUGAAUUACAAUUACUUCAAGCUAUAGCUUCAAUAACACCAAGUAACAGUGAUAACUUUAGAACAUCUCAACUUCAAGAUCAGUUUAAUUGUUCUGAAAAAAGUAAAGUUAAAUGCUUAACCAAGUGGUCAGUGAAUUUAAAACAAAUAAAAUCAAAUAAGAACAAUUUAAAAUCAGUCAUCGCAUUAACAGGUACUUUAUUGGCAGAAGAUCAAAUCAGAAUAUUGAAGAAAGUUCAUGAAGCUGGUAUUUUGGUAGCCCGCAAAACCAAAAACAUUGUCAAAACAGAUAAAGGAUUUUACCACCUAAUUGGUCCAAUCACUGAAGGAUCCCCAUUUGAUUUGUUUCGAGCUUGUGCUGAAAUAAAUGGUAUUCCAAAAACCUGGAGGAAUAUUUUAACACAUUUGUUAGCAGAAGUUAAAGUAAAUCACAAUGAAAGUAUGACAAGAAAAGACACAGUCUAUAGCAAAGAAAAAAAAGUUAGUCAAAAUUAUUCCGGAACAGGAGACAUUGUUGAAAAUGAUAUACUCAUCGAUAAUGAUCUUCGUCAACAAUUGACACAUCUAUCUACAUCCGGAACAAUAAAAUCAUUUGGUGUAUGUCAUACUCCAAGCCAGAUUUUGAAGUAUAAAUUUCAUAAAAAGUUUGUUAAAGCCUGUUUACUCGUUGGCAGUCAAGAAAAUAUAGAUGAUCUAUGAAUAAUUUCAACAGAAAUCAAACCUACAAAAUUCUAAAUGGUGCGUAUACUUAAAAAAAAAUAGACAAUUUUAAAAAUUUACAUUAAAUUAUUUGAACAUUU